UCUCCUCCGGUGCAUAGGACGGAGAACGCGAAGGAGACGCGUACGUACAGAGCUGCUGCCUUCGGAGGGAAUAUUCCGUUUACGUUUAUAGGAAGCCUCCGGAUCCGACUCGCACAACAAGAUGGAUGAAAUGGAAGAGGAGUUAAAAUGCCCGGUGUGCGGCUCGUUUUUCCGGGAGCCGAUCAUCCUGCCGUGCUCGCAUAAUAUCUGCCUGGCCUGUGCGAGAAAUAUCCUGGUGCAGACGCCCGACGCCGAGUCCCCGCAGAGCAGCCGCGCGUCCGGCUCCGGCGUCUCCGAUUAUGAUUACCUAGACCUGGAUAAGAUGAGUCUGUACAGCGAGGCGGACAGCGGAUAUGGCUCUUACGGCGGGUUCGUGAGCGCACCGACCACCCCGUGCCAGAAGUCCCCCAACGGGGUGCGCGUUUUCCCCCCUAGCAUGCCUCCACCGCCCCAGGCGCAACACCACCUGCUGCCUCACACCGGCGUCCUGCCGCCGGUCCCGCGGAACUCCUGCCUCACCUGCCCGCAGUGCCACCGUAGCCUGACGCUGGAUGACAGGGGGCUCCGGGGCUUCCCCAAAAACCGUGUGCUGGAGGGGGUUGUAGACCGGUACCAGCAGAGUAAAGCAGCCGCGCUUAAGUGUCAGCUGUGCGAGAAGAGCCCCCGCGAGGCGACGGUCAUGUGCGAGCAGUGCGACGUGUUUUACUGCGACCCGUGCCGCCUGCGGUGCCACCCGCCCCGGGGUCCGCUGGCCAAACACCGGCUUGUGCCGCCAGCGCAAGGCAGAAUCAGCCGCCGAGCGAGUCCCCGGAAGAUCUCCACCUGCACCGAGCACGAACUGGAGAACCUGAGUAUGUACUGCGUCCAGUGUAAGACGCCCGUGUGCUACCAGUGUCUGGAGGACGGCAAACACUCCACUCAUGAGGUCAAAGCUCUGGGGGCCAUGUGGAAGCUCCACAAGGGACAGCUCUCUCAAGCACUUAAUGUUCUGUCUGAUCGGGCCACAGAGGCCAAAGAGUUCCUGGUGCAGCUCAGAAAUAUGGUACAACACAUACAGGAGAAUGGAGUUGAAUUCGAGGCAUGUUUGGUCGCCCAAUGUGAUGCUCUGAUUGAAGCUCUCAACCGCAGGAAAGCCCAGCUUCUCAGCAGAGUAACCAAAGAACAUGAACACAAGCUCUCGGUGGUCCGUGAUCAGAUAUCCCACUGCACGGUGAAGUUGAGGCAGACCACAGGACUAAUGGAAUACUGCCUGGAAGUUAUCAAAGAAAACGACCCCAGUGGCUUCCUGCAGAUCUCAGAUGCUCUGAUAAGACGGGUCCAUAUGACGGAGAAUCAGUGGGGGAAGGGUUCUCUGACUCCUCGCAUGAGCAGUGACUUUGACCUGACGCUGGACAGCGGACCCCUGCUGCAGACCAUCCAUCAGUUAGACUUCGUCCAGAUGAAGGUUCCAGCUGCUCCUAUUCUUCAGUUAGAGGAGUGCUGUACUCAAACCAACAGCGCGACUCUGUCGUGGAAACAGCCGCCGCUCUCCACCAUUGCUGUGGAUGGGUACAUUUUAGAACUGGACGAUGGGAAUGGAGGCCAGUUCAGAGAAGUGUACGUUGGUACAGAGAUGAUCUGCACUGUGGACGGUCUGCACUUCAACAGCACUUAUAAAUCUCGCGUUAAAGCGUUUAACUCCAGUGGAGUCGGCCAGUACAGCAAAACGCUUGUCAUGCAGACAUCAGAGAUGAGUCAACUUUCAUAUGGUAGUAAAACUCUGGCAGCAGUUGCCUGGUUCACCUUUGACCCUGCGUCGGCCCACCCUGACAUCAUCUUGUCCAAUGACAACCUCACGGUGACGUGUAACAGUUAUGACGACCGUGUCGUCAUGGGCAACACAGGGUUCUCUCGUGGCGUGCACUACUGGGAGAUGACCAUCGACCGCUAUGACAAUCACCCUGACCCUGCGUUUGGAAUCGCCCGGGCUGAUGUCAUGAAGGAUGUGAUGCUAGGGAAGGAUGAUAAAGCCUGGGCCAUGUAUGUGGACAACAACCGCUCCUGGUUCAUGCAUAACAACUCACACACCAACCGUACGGAUGGAGGAAUAAGUAAAGGAGCGACUGUGGGUGUGCUGCUGGAUUUCUCUCGUGGGAUUCUGUUGUUUUUGAUAAAUGAUGAGCAACAGGGACCCGUUGCCUUCAACACACUGGAGGGCAUGUACUACCCAGCCAUCAGCCUCAACCGCAAUGUUCAGGUGACUCUUCAUUCUGGGCUGCCUAUUCCUGAUUUUUAUACACCUGGAGAAUCUGAAGCUGCAGGCUCAGUCUGCUGAAGAGUCCUACAACUGAUACACACUCAUAUACAAACACACACGCACAGACAAGUGCACAUGGAUUCAGCUGUGAGUACUUGGCGGGGGAAUUGCUGCUGACAGUCAUUAAUAUGUUUGAACGAGGCCUGAGAGCUCUGAAAUGUACGUGGACCUGAUAAAUGUGAGGGUUAGGGUUAACUCAACCCUAACUUAACCCUAACCUAAACUCUGACCCUGAUGUAUGUGAGGUAAAUUGAUAUUGAAAUUCUUGAAUCAUUUUCUUCUCUCUUUCUUACACUUUUUCUAAAUAUGAUUAUUAUUAUUGAUGUUGUCAUUGUUGUUUUUAUGGAAAAGGUGCUCAUGGAUGUGAACUCCCACAUUACUGGAUAUUAACAGAUGUUUGUCUGUUGUUUCAUGAUAAAAUCCUCUGUGUGAAGUUAAGCUUAGAAAUAAGUUACUGAUGUGUUAGACCUUAGAGGAUGCAUUUUACAUUACAUAGAUAUGUUCUGUUGCAUAUAAAGGUGAUUUUGACUGCAGAUGGGUACAGAAACUAAAGUACAAUAUUCAAUAUUACAACCUCCUUGUGCAUUUUACACACCCCUUCCGAUCCCUAAACCUAAACUGUCAUAUUACAUCUCAAUCAACAUGAGAUAUUUCCAACCUUCCUUCCACAUUAAUAGUGGAUGAGCAAACAUACAAUUGGGCCGUAUUAGACAAUGCCAGAAUGAGCUGAAUGUGUGUCAGUGAGGAGGUAAUGGCUUUCUGUUUGUUGAACAGAAUAGAAAACACUAAUUGGGACAAAUACAUGCACACAUACACACACACAGGCAUUUUCACAGCCUUGCGUAACGUAUUAUGGAGAGAGGAGAAUGAAUAAAUGUUUGUUUCUCUAUCUCUGUUUAAUUUCUCCUUUGCUGCCUCAAAUCGGUACAAGCUAAACGCAAAUGCUAAACAGAUGACUGGUGCUGCUUAUGUUCAAUGUGAGAAAAUAUUACAAUAUAAAAGAAUAGAGCUGCAAAUCCAAAAGAGAGACAACUUUAAACGAGACAGCAUACAUUGUAGCUGCUUGAAGCAUUGGCUAUUAGUUUACCAUAAAGGAUGUACUUUUGCAUUAAGAGAAAUAUUUAAAAUCCCACUGGUGGGGUUGAAAUAUGGGGCAGGUGCUGUACUUUAUCUGUUUGUUGAGCAGAUGGUUUAUGCUCAACAAACAAUUGAAUGUGUGGGUGUAGUGAGGGAAAAUUUCACCCAUUGUAAAUUGUAUUUUUUCAUAAAUUAAUCCCAAUAUAAGAAAUGUAUUAUUAUUAUUAUUAUUAUUAUUAUUGUGUCUGAAUUGUUGUUAUCUGUAAAGUUCUAUGCUCAAUAAACUGGAUUAGGUGCAA